UUAGAUUGGUGAAUUGAGUUUGGAAGAUGGUAGAUGACAAGGCAGAGUUUGAAAGCUGAACCACAGAAAAUGGAGAGUGAAGGCAGACCACGAAUGAAAGGUAUUAUGAUAUGGUGGAAGAGACACAAAUGAAAGGUAUUGUGGUAUUACCGCUCUGUUCUCCCAUGGCAGCUCCUCUGCAGGUUGUAUUAUACGGAAAUCAGCCUCACCCAGAAGCCAAGUUUUUGUUUUUGAGGAGUACUGGUCGUUGCACUAAUUUUCAGGUUCACUCCUCUCGCAGAGCACCCCCUGGUGUUGACACCAGAAUCCAUUGGGAAAACGAAGAUGAAGGUUGGAUCGGAGGUACCAAUACCAAACACCAACAAACCCACAAACCCAAUAACAUGUUACAGGCUGAUGACUUUCCAGAUCUCCUCUCUGCUUCUUUAGGUUCUCAUUACGAAUUCUUAGGCGUAUCACCAGAUGCGGAUUUAGAAGAAAUUAAAGUUGCUUAUCGGAAACUGUCAAAGGAGUAUCAUCCCGACACAACUUCCCUCCCUCUCAAAACUGCCUCAGAAAAGUUCAUGAAAUUAAGAGAGGUUUACAACGUUCUUAGCAAUGAAGAGAGUCGGAAAUUCUAUGACUGGACCCUUGCUCAAGAGGUUGCAAGCCGCCACGCAGAGAAGAUGAAAAUGAAAUUAGAGGAUCCUCGCGAGCAACAACUCAAGAACUGGGAACCUGUUCCAGACAUGGUUGACCGCCUUGGUGGAAGGAAUAUGAAGCUUAGUGAUCAGGCAGUUUCUGCCAUCACUAUUGAUCUUUUCAUCAUUGUUUUUGCCAUAUGUUGUAUCAUAUAUGUAAUUUUCUUUAAAGAACCCUAUUACUACUAAUUAGUUAACCAAUUAUAACACCGUAUAUGUUAUACAACAGAAUCAAUUACUAAUAUAAAACAUUUCAAGAUUUCUCCACAAUGGGAAAA